AUGGCGUACGUCGCAGACCUUUCCUUCCUCUCGGAUCCUUUGCGCCUCGUCCGCGGAGAGCAGUCGGCUCUGUGCGAUGACGACGAGACCACCCGGCAAGAAUUGAUGCAGAUGCUCGACACUGGCAAGCGGCUUCACUUUGCUCUGCCGCAUGUGCAGAAUCCGGGUGCCUUCGCAUGCAGUCUGUUCAAAUCCCCGUCGACGAUCACGUCCAUCGACUUCUCCGCAGUCCGCGGCUUCUGCCCUCCCUCGGCUCAGACAGGAAGCCCCGCGAUGGCCAUGAAGAAGGGAACGACAACUCUCGGAUUCGUCUUCAAGGGUGGUAUCAUUCUCGCCGUGGACAGCAGAGCGUCGAUGGGAACGUACAUCAGCAGUCAGAGCGUGGUGAAAGUCAUCGAAAUUUCCGACAUUAUUCUCGGUACGAUGGCCGGAGGCGCCGCGGACUGCAGCUACUGGGAGCGGCACAUGUGGCUGUUGUGCAAAUUGUUUAAGCUUCGAAAUGGAGAACCCAUCCCCGUCGCCGCUGCUUCGAACAUGCUUGCAAACAUCUUCUUCCACUGGAGAGGCUAUGGACUGUGCUGUGGCACCAUGAUUGCAGGAUGGAACGAGAAGGAAGAGAAACCUGAGCUGUACUUUGUCGACGACAAGGCCACGCGACUCAAGGGCGAUCUUUUCUCUUGCGGAAGUGGAAGCACGUAUGCGUACGGAGUUCUCGACAACGAGUACAAGUGGGACAUGACCGACGAGGAGGCUGUGGAGCUCGGCAAGCGGGCGAUCUACCAAGCUGCGCACAGAGAUGGAGGCUCUGGAGGCGUUGUCCGAGUGUUCCACAUCCAUCGCGGUGGGUGGACGAAGGUGAUCCCCGGCAUGGACGUCAGUGAAUUGCACUACGAGUACGCAGCCAAGAAAGGCAUGCCCGGCCACGAGUUGUAA